AUGGCUCGAACUUUUGACCUGAAAACAAUAACAGAUCUCUCAGUUCUGAUUGGAACAGGAAUUUCACUGUAUUAUUUAGUUAACAGGCUCCUUAAUGAAGCAGAAGGUGGUCCGUUAUCUGGUAAAUCCAAGGAGUCCCGUCAGAAACAGUCCCAGACAUGGCAGACACUUGUCAAAAUGAACCCUGAUCUGGCUUCAGUCAAUCUGAACUCUUACGAGCGUACCGUUCUCUCUUCAGUUGUAAUUCCACAGGAUAUUGAUGUCAGUUUUUCCAAUAUAGGGGGGCUUGAAGAUAUUAUUGAAGAAUUAACAGAGAGUGUUAUUUAUCCCCUAACAACCCCGGAAUUAUAUACAUCGCACUCUCUUUUAACUGCCCCUCGUGGUGUUCUGCUUUAUGGGCCCCCCGGAUGUGGUAAAACCAUGAUUGCAAAGGCAUUAGCCAAAGAAAGUGGCGCAAACUUCAUUUCUAUCAGAAUGUCAUCGAUAAUGGACAAAUGGUACGGUGAAUCUAACAAGAUUGUCGACGCCAUCUUUUCGUUAGCAAACAAAAUUCAACCUUGUAUAAUUUUCAUCGAUGAGAUCGACUCAUUUCUGCGCGAGCGCGCUUCCUCGGAUCAUGAAGUGACGGCGAUGCUUAAAGCUGAAUUCAUGACUUUAUGGGAUGGCCUUACAAGUAAUGGACGGAUUAUGAUUUUGGGGGCCACGAAUAGAAUGACUGAUAUUGAUAGUGCGUUCCUGCGGAGACUCUCCAAGAGAUUUCCGAUUCCUUUGCCCACCGAAGAUGAGCGUCGUAAGAUUUUACUUGUUUUACUCAAAGAUACAGCGCUGGAUAAAAGGGAUUUCGAUCUUGAUUAUCUUGUCAGUGCUACUCGAGGCAUGUCUGGUUCCGAUCUGAAGGAGCUUUGCAGGGAUGCCGCCUUGAAUGCAGCAAGGGAGUACAUAAGACAAAAAAGACAGCUGGCUAAUGAGGGAGAAGACGUGGUUGUGGAUAUGAGGCCACUCAAAAACAAGGAUUUUUUGAAGAAUCUCAAGCUAGAUGCUCGAGUACCGCUUGGCUCAGCUUCUCUAGAUUAA